AUGACCACCAUGUGGUUCAUUGUUUUCGCGUCCAGUCAUUACGUACCUACUACUACUACUACUGCUGCUGCUUCCUCAAUGGCAAUAAACAAUACAUCAUCCGCAAUGGCAGCCCCUGUCGAGUUUCUAGGCACCAUUUAUGAACUUGAUGAACCACUUGUGUUUCAACCUGCGCGGUUCUUUAAACCCAGCGUCAGCAUCGCAUCUAGUCAAAUACAAAUCAAAGAGCCUGGAAAAACAAAAGGAGACAGCAGUGGAAAUGAACGAUGGUCAUUACUGAUACGCUAUCCAUAUGAAUUAACUGUGCGAGGAGUGCUCAGAUAUCGCGUGAUUCCACUUGUACCAUGGGCCCAGAUGCAUUCUGCGCGAGUAUGCCAAGUUUCUCGGGUUGACCCUGCCACUGGAGACAUUUCAAACAUCCCUGAAGCUGAAAAGUCCAUUUGCGACGACCCAUCACCCAUCGAAGUGACAACAUCUAGCAUAUACCCUGCUCCAGUGUAG